CACCAAGAAAUCCAAAAGGAAAACAAGCUAGAUAUGGCUAAAUACACAGCCUUCGUUGCCCUUCUCUUCUGUCUUCUCCUUGUCGCUGCUACUGAGAUGCAGAUGGCAGAAGGAAAAUACUGUUCGAAGAAAAAUCACAAAUGGCAUGGGCCUUGCCACUACUCUUACAAAUGUAGCCAGCAUUGCAAACACUGGUUUGGAGCUAAAUAUGGAAUUUGUAAGAAAUACCAAUGGGGACACAAACAUCAUCAUUGGGCAAAAUAUGCUUGUUAUUGCUACUCUCCUUGCCAUUAAUCAAGAUAAAUACUGCAUCAGCAAACAGUUAGUAUAAUUAUGUUUGUUUGACAAUGUAACACGUUUGAUUUGUAGCCUGAUUUCCUCUUUUUUCUUGUUCACCCUCUUCAGGCUUUUCUUGAAUAAUUAUGUUGCUUUCAUUUGAACUACGGCCUGUUCGAAAUAAUACAGUAUUUGUUUUGUGCCAA